CUUUGAUACAAAUAAGUACCUGAAUUCUCUCCGACCCUUGCUCACAUUGUCCCCUUCUCUUCUCCCUCUAGACCUUCUUUCUCUCCUUGCACCGCUAUUUCUCUCUCUGAAACCUCUCUCUGUGGUCGCCAUUUCAGCCUCUUGAAAUCAAUUUGCUUAAAAGGCAAUGGAUUUCUUGAUGGGUGUUGCCAAUUAGAGGUUUCAAUUGAAAUCCUCAUCAGGUUUGCGGAAUUCACCGAUUUUUACUCAAUGUUAUUGCAAAUUUGAUGUUGGGGGAUUUUGAUUUUGUUUGUUUGAUGUGAAAUCUGCUUAAUUGUAUGUCCUACUGUUUCCGCCUUUCUGUCGUGCACUUCCGUAACUUCGAUUGUAGGGUUCUUGAUGUUAAUCAAAGGGCAUUCCUUAAUUCGUUAGUUAAUCCCCCCUUUAAGAUCGAUCAAUGCUCAUAAUUGGGCGCCCCUGUUGUAUCUAAAUUAUUGAUGAUUCUAAGGUCCAAUUUUGGGUGUUUUCUCUGAUCCAUACCCGAUUACACAAAGGGCUUUGUUGUUGUUACCAAAACGUUGUUUUGAACUUCAAAAAGACGCAAUCUUUAGUGUUCCCCUCUGUUUCUCCCCCUUUUGGGUGGUUUUUUUCGGUUUCUUGUCUCUUUUCAUGUUUGGUUCUUUGGGGAUUUCAGAAAUGAAUCGCAGGGUUAGACGAAAGUGUGCUAAAGGAGCCCAAAAAUUGGAUUUAUCAACUAACCCCGAAACCGAGGAUGCAGAUUAUCUGAAACUAAACGAAGAUGGAUUCGUUGAUUGGACCCGUUUACCCGAUGACACUGUGCUCCAACUCUUCACUCAUUUGAACUACAGAGAUCGAGCAAAUCUUUCAUCAACCUGCAAAAGCUGGAGAUCACUCGGAUCUUCUUCAUGUUUAUGGCAAUCAUUAGAUCUCCGGGCCCACAAAUGUGAUUGGGGGAUAAUGAAUUCAUUAGCUUCCCGAUGUGCAAAUCUUGAAAAACUCCGGUUUCGUGGUGCUGACAAUGCUGAUUCCUUAAUCAAUCUCAGGGCCAAAAAUUUAAUAGAAUUAAGCGGAGACUACUGUAGGAAAUUGACCGAUUCGACCCUUGCAGUCAUUGUGGCCAGACACAAAGCUUCUAGAAAGCCUCCAACUGGGGCCCGAUUUCUGCGAAAGGGUCAGCAGUGAUGCGAUUGUUGCCAUAGCUUUUUGCUGCCCGAAGUUACGUAAGCUUAGGCUUUCGGGCAUCCGGGAUGUGAAUGGAGAAGCUAUAAAUGCAUUAGCUGCCCACUGCCCGGAUUUGACUGACAUCGGGUUUAUUGACUGUUUAAAGAUUGAUGAGGUGGCGUUAGGGAAGGUGAAUUCAGUUCGGUUUCUUUCGGUUGCGGGGACCACUAAUAUAAAGUGGGAUUUGGUUGGUGAAAAUUGGAGUAAGCUUCCGAAUUUGAAAGGUCUAGAUGUUUCUAGAACUGAUGUGUCAAGAAACAUUAUUGUGAGGUUCUUUUUGCCUCUAAAAGGUUUAAAAGUGUUGUGUGCGUUUAAUUGUCCUUCUUUGGAAGAAGACACAACGGUUUUCACAAAAACAAAUUGUGAAGGGAAAAUGUUGCUUACUUUUUUUAAUGACACUUUCAAAGAAUUGUCAUUGAUGUUUCCAAAUGCUAAAGAACGUGAACGUGAGAUUUUCAUGGAUUGGAGAAGUGAAUCGAAGAAAAAAGAUGAGAAUUUGGAUGAGAUUAUGAGUUGGGUUGAGUGGAUUCUUUCACAUUCCCUUUUGCGAAUUGCCGAAAGUAACCCUCAUGGUUUGGAUCAGUUUUGGCUCACUCAAGGGGCUGAUCUUUUGCUUAAUUUGAUGCAAAGUUUUCAAGAAGAUGUGCAAGAAAGAGCUGCAACUGGGCUUGCAACUUUUGUGGUGAUUGAUGAUGAAAAUGCUAAUGUUGAUGUGGGGAGAGCUGAAGCAGUGAUGAAAAGGUGGUGGAAUUCAGCUUCUUUUAGGGCUUGCAAGAUCUUGGAAAGAGGGUCUUCAAUCUGAAGCCACAAAGGCGAUAGCAAAUCUUUCAGUGAAUCCUGCUUUUGCAAAAGCAGUGGCGGCAGGUGGCGGCAUCACCAUUCUUGCAGGCUUAGCAAGAUCUAUGAACAGACUGGUGGCAGAAGAGGCGGCUGGAGGGCUUUGGAAUCUUUCUGUUGGGGAAGAACACAAGGGAGCUAUUGCAGAAGCUGGUGGCAUAAAAGCUUUAGUGGAUUUGAUCUUUAAAUGGCCUAGAGGUGGUGAUGGAGUUUUGGAAAGGGCAGCUGGGGCACUUGCUAAUUUUGGCAGCUGAUGAUAAGUGUAGCAUGGAAGUGGCAACGGUUGGUGGAAUUAAUGCUUUGGUGACACUUGCUCGAAAAUGCAAGCAUGAAGGUGUACAAGAACAGUCGGCUCGUGCAUUGGCUAAUUUAGCAGCUCAUGGAGAUAGCAACACCAACAAUGCUGCAGUGGGACAAGAAGCAGGUGCUCUUGAAGCACUUGUUCUACUUAUUCGUUCUCAACAUGAUACUGUUAGGCAAGAAGCAGCAGGUGCAUUGUGGAAUUUAUCAUUUGAUGACAGAAACCGAGAAGGGAUUGCAUUAGCUGGUGGUGUUGAAGCCUUGGUUGCUCUUGCACACUCGUGUUCAAACGCCUCUCCAAGUCUUCAAGAAAGAGCAGCUGGAGCUCUAUGGGGAUUGUCGGUUUCAGAAGCCAAUAGUAUUGCAAUUGGACGUGAAGGAGGCGUUGCACCACUCAUAGCCCUAGCAAGGUCUCAGACUGAAGAUGUUCAUGAAACUGCUGCUGGAGCUCUUUGGAAUCUUGCUUUCAAUCCAGGAAAUGCUCUUCGUAUAGUGGAAGAUGGAGGAGUUCCUGCUUUGAUUCAUCUUUGUUCUUCAUCUUUAUCAAAAAUGGCACGUUUCAUGGCUGCUUUAGCUUUGGCAUACAUGUUUGAUGGCAGAAUGGACGAAUAUGCCCUUGUGGGGAGUUCAGCAGAAGGUGGUUCAAAGAGUGUUGGUUUAGAAAGGGCAAGGAGAAUGGCAUUGAAGCACAUUGAAACUUUUGUGCUCACAUUUGCUGAUCCACAAGCCUUUUCUGCUGCUGCCUUAUCUUCUGCUCCUGCCCCAUUGGCACAAGUUAUAGAGUCUGCUCGUAUUCUUGAAGCCGGUCAUCUACGAUGCAGCGGAGCUGAAAUCGGACGUUUUGUAUCCAUGUUACGCAACCAAUCCCCUGUGCUCAAAGCAUGUGCUGCAUUUGCACUUCUUCAGUUCACUGUUCCGGGUGGGCGGCACGCACCGCACCACGUGAACCUGUUGCAAGUCUCGGGUGCACCGCGGGUCCUGAGGGCUGCAGCCGCUGCGGCUUCGGCUCCGUUGGAAGCCAAAAUCUUUGCAAGAAUUGUGCUCAGGAACCUUGAGCAUCACCAGAUAGAUUCAGCAGCUUAGAAAAAAACUUAAGUUAGUGAGACUUAAAUUAGAUAGUGUCAGUCAGUAAUAAAGUCAAAAUAUAUCAUAUCAUAUCAUAUAUUUAUAUAUAUGCUUAUAACUACCCCCCCCCCCCCC